GUUGUCCACUUAAAGCAAUGUCUGAGCAGGGGAACGCAACCCUAGUAUGUUUGGAGAACAGCGCUGCAAGGUUUGGCCAGUGUAUUUCUAUCAAAACGCGCGCACACAGGAAUUGUAUGAAAUUGGUAACUACAAAACGUUACCUUCGAUUCGCUGUGGAAAUCGAGCAGUUGAAGGGAUAAGUACGCUCCCUUUGUUUUGGUUGCUAUGGCAGCAAAGGCAUCGAAAGGGAAGUGGGGGGCACUGAAGGAGCACCUGACCAGCAGCCCCCCCGACCGAGAUGCUCACCUUGAGGCCAACUUGGAGAACUCGGUUCCAGAGCUAUGCAUACGACUGCUACAGGUACCCACAGUGGUCAACUACUCAGGGGUGCGGAGGCGUCUAGAGGGGAGUGACCAGGAAUGGAUGGUGCAGUUCCUGGAACUCAAUGGACUGGAUCUGCUGAUGGAGGCCCUGGAGAGGCUGUCUGGCCGGGGUUGUGCCCGCAUCGCUGACGCCCUCCUCCAGCUCACUUGUGUGGCCUGUGUGAAGGCAGUGAUGAACUCCUCAGCUGGGCUGCACUUUAUACUGGACAAUGAGGGAUACGUCAGGACCCUGUCACAAGCCCUGGACACAUCCAACACCAUGGUAAAGAUGCAGGUGUUUGAGCUGCUGGCGGCCCUCACCUUGUUUAACCCACAGGGACACCACCUGGCCAUGGAUGCCCUGGAGCACUAUAAAAGUGUGAAUAUGCAGCAGUACCGCUUCAGCGUCAUCAUGAAUGAGCUGCAUGCGACUGACAAUGUUCCGUACAUGGUCGUCCUCAUGAGUGUGGUCAACGUGAUCAUCUUCGGGGUAGAGGACCUGCGGAAAAGGGACAAACUACGCAAAGAGUUCAUCGGAAGUGGAGGUGGACAUGUUGAACCUAGCUGUGCCAUUAUUUGUCUCCCAGGGCUUCAAUUACUACAAUUACUUCCAAAACUUAGAGAGACCGAGGAUGUGGACCUGAACAUCCAGUGUGAGGCCUUUGAGGACACCAUGGCAGAGGAUGAGGAGGAGAUGGAGAGGGUGUACGGGGGCAUCGACAUGAGCAGUCACCAGGAAGUCUUCACCACACUCUUCACCAAAUUGAGUAGCUCCCCUGCAUCGGUGCAGCUGCUGUCGAUCCUGCAGGCUCUGUUGUUGGUAGGUCCGGAGCAGAGCGAGGUGUGGCUGGCCCUGGAGGCCCUGGCUGACCGCGCUACUUUGCUGGCACAGGACCCUGAUGUUGACUCCACCAAGCGCCUGAUGGAACGUCUGGUGUCCUCCAAGGGUCAGCAAGGGCCACCUAAGGUCAAGACCACAGACCGGGGCGUUCAGAUUGAUCGGUCAAUCUGUCCAUCAGGUCUAUCAGAGGUCCUCAUUAAAGAAUCUACCACCCCUGUUGCCACUUCACCUCCUCCCCAUCCUCAUCUACCACCACCCCUACCAAGCAUGAGAACUUUUGUCCCACCACUUCCUGGCAUCUCUGGGAUGCCUCCCCCUGGCCUCCCUCCUCCGCCACCACCUCUACCACAGAUGGGGCAUGGAGGUCCACCACCUCUACCACAGAUGGGGCAUGGAGGUCUACCACAGAUGGGGCAUGGAGGUCCACCACCUCCCCCACCCCUGCCAGGCAUGAUGGGUCCACCGCCUCCCCCACCCCUGCCAGGCAUGAUGGGUCCACCGCCUCCCCCACCCCUGCCAGGCAUGAUGGGUCCACCGCCUCCCCCACCCCUGCCAGGCAUGAUGGGUCCACCGCAUCCCCCACCCCUGCCAGGCAUGAUGGGUCCACCGCAUCCCCCACCCCUGCCAGGCAUGAUGGGUCCACCGCCUCCCCCACCCCUGCCAGGCAUGAUGGGUCCACCGCCUCCCCCACCCCUGCCAGGCAUGAUGGGUCCACCGCCUCCCCCACCCCUGCCAGGCAUGAUGGGUCCACCGCCUCCCCCACCCCUGCCAGGCAUGAUGGGUCCACCGCCUCCCCCACCCCUGCCUGGCAUGAUGGGUCCACCGCCUCCCCCACCCCUGCCUGGCAUGAUGGGUCCACCGCCUCCCCCACCCCUGCCUGGCAUGAUGGGUCCACCGCCUCCCCCACCCCUGCCUGGCAUGAUGGGUCCACCGCCUCCCCCACCCCUGCCAGGCAUGAUGGGUCCACCGCCUCCCCCACCCCUGCCAGGCAUGAUGGGUCCACCUCCUCUCCUUGGUGGCGAUGAAAUUAUAGUGGCCCAGAGUGUGCAGAUGCGAUCCUGCUACGCCUCUUCACCCAAGGUGGGCCGCUGCCCCACACUGCGUAUGAAGAAGCUCAACUGGCAGAAGCUGCCAUCCAGAGUGGUGACUGAUAGUCACUCCAUGUGGACCUCGGUACAGGUAGAUUCUCUGGAGCCUGAUUACUCCAGUAUUGAGGAGCUCUUCUGUCUGCCAGUGACUGACUCAAAAGCCAAAGGCAGCACCCCUGCAGUCAAACAGGAGCCCAAAGAGAUUUCUUUCAUUGAUGCUAAGAAAAAUCUUAACCUGAACAUAUUCUUGAAACAAUUCAAAUGCUCACAUAAGGACUUUGUGGCCAUGAUUCAAAAAGGUGACCGGUCCAAGUUUGAUGUGGAGGUGCUGAAACAGCUGCAAAAGCUACAGCCAGAGAAGCAUGAAAUUGAGAACCUGAAGUCGUACCAGGGAGAGCGGGAGAAGUUAGCUGGUGUGGACCAGUUUUAUCUCCAGCUCCUAGCUGUUCCAUGCUACGCUCUGAGGAUCGAGUGCAUGUUGCUGUGUGAGGAAAUCAGCUCAGUGUUACAGAUGAUGCAGCCUAAAGUUAAGCUGCUGGACGAGGCCUGUGAGGGUCUGAGAGUGAGCACUCGACUGCCAAGCUUCUGCAUGCUCAUUCUGGACGUUGGAAACUUCCUCAACUAUGGAAGCCACACAGGGAAUGCUGAGGGCUUCAAGAUCAGCACACUGUUGAAACUCACUGAAACCAAGGCCAAUAAAAGUCGCAUCACGCUGCUCCACCACAUCCUAGAGGAGGCUGAGCAGAACCAUGAUGACCUGUUGAACCUUCCAGAUGAUCUAGAGAUCUGUGAGAAGGCUGCUCGUGUGAAUUUGGAGACUCUCCAGUCAGAGGCGAGUUUGCUCAUCAAGCGGUUGAAAGAGUCAGAAAAGAAGGUGGCUUCCUCCUCUGUGGCGGCCAUCAAGGAGCAGUAUCUCACUGCCAUACAGGGAAGCCAGGAGGCCUGCAGGGAGCUGGAGGCGAGGUUUGCCUCCAUUGACAGGAAGAAGGAGGAUCUGGCACAGUAUCUGUGUGAGGACUCAUCCCGUCUCUCCCUGGAGGACUUGUUCAGCACUUUACAUUCCUUCAGGGGACUCUUCAUCAAAGCUCUCAAGGACAAUCAGACCCGCCGAGAGCAAGCGAUUAAGGCUGAGAAGAGGAAGAAACAGCUGGAAGAGGAGGAUUCCAAGAGACCAAGGGGGGAGAACAGGAAGAUAAUUCGUAAAGCCCCCCCGGUCCAGGAGGGCUGCAUCAUUGACCACCUGCUGUCUGACAUCAGGAAAGGCUAUGCGCUGAGGAAAACCAAGCACCAGGCCGACAGAACCAGCCUGCCUUCUGAGGACAAGAAAGGGGCCAGCAUUCAGCCUGGUGAACAGUGCACCAAGCUUAAGGGAACAUCUGCUAUAUAUGCCAAAGAGGAAGUUGAAAAGGAGACUUCACCCAUUGACCUAGGACAACAAAGCGGAGAUCCGGUCGUAGUGGAGUCCGGCCUCCCCACAGACUCCUCACUUCAGUCGAGUUCUCCCAAAACACCAGCCCCCUCAAACCUUCAUACCACCACCAAGGAUCACAUCCAGAGUGAAGACCUCAACCCUGGGAUGGAUUCCUCUACUGACCACCAGCUCAAGAAGUCCCCAGAGGGGAAGGGGUUUAAGGCCGCUGAAUCCAAGGUUGAGAAUGUGAACAGGAAUGCAUUCUCAGCUGCUGGGGAUGGUCCAAAGAGCAGAGAUGCAGAGACCGAUGGGAACAGAGCGAGUGGAGCUGAUGGAAAUGGGUUAGAGGAGACUCUAUUAUCAGAGUCCCCCUCAACCACAGCUGAUGUCGACGCAGAGUCCAAACAUGCACAGAAACGGGGGAGUACUAAGAGACAUGGCAAAGCUGCAGCCACAAGUGGAUCAGGACAAGAUUCAGCCCCCUGAACAGCUUUCACAAGCGCUGCAGUGGCUGCUGUGUGGGGGAGAUGCUCCCUGUGAAUUAAUAGGGUUACCAGUGCCUUUCCCAGUUGCUCCAAUAACACCUUGUUCUGCUUAUCACUAAGGCAUUGUAUGAGGACAUUUCAAUGAUGUUAUGGAAGAUAACCAGGGGCCAGCGGGCAGUCAUCCUCCUGCAGCUGUAAGUUCCAAUCACCUUGUCCAGGUUGUCCAAGCCUCCUUCGUUGUGGUUGUAGUCCAGGAUGAUUCCUGGCUUCCUGUCCUCACGAUCACUGAUCUCAGCUAUUUUGUGCAGUGUGCUCAGGAGCACCACAGUCUUGUUCCUCUUUGGGGGCUAAGAAACUAGUGGUGGUGGGGGUGAAGGCAAACUUUGAGAAGGCCUCUCUCCCCCUUGUUGCGAGGAGUGCAGGGGGGGAGCUCAUCUGUCAGAUGCACACCAUCUCUACGGUACAAAUGCAUGCGAUAAGGCUUGAACAAGAGAGCCUGCAAUAACCCUGUAGCUCUUCAAGAGCAACUGUGGCCAUCCCUGAAUUGUACGUACAACAUUUACUGUAUCUGAUGUACGUUUUUGAUUGUGAUAUAUUUUGUAUUUCAAACUGGAAGGUUUGAGCUCUGAAUGCUGAUUGGCUGACAGCCGAGGUAUAUCAGACCAUAUACCACGGGUAUGACGAAACAAUUAUUUUUACUGCUCUAAUUACAUUGGGAACCAGUUUUAAAAUAGCAAUAAGGCAACUCGGGGUUUGUGAUAUGGCAAAUAUACCAUGGCUAAGGGCUAUGUACAGGCACUCCAUGUCUUGCAAAAGAACGGCCCUUAGCUGUGGUAUAUUGGCCAUAUACCACACCACCUCUGGCAUUAUUGCUUAAAUAACUCAGUAUUGUUUACAGGUAAUGUAGUAUAAAUGUUUUUAUUUUUUGUAUGUGUUUUCCGGGAGCUUUCUCAAUUGUCUUGUUAAAAAAGAUCAGGGAACAUUUUUCUAGUUUACUCCAUAUUGGCUCAAGUUUUUGUUUUAUUUUUUCACUUCCCUCUUACUAUUAAAUAAUGACUAACUACAUAA